AUGGAUAUUAGCAGUUGUGUUCUUGGCCUCUCCAAGUGCCCUUUCAUUCAGGGAAAAGUGUUGUUAGCUCAGCCCAGGGACACUGGUUUUUCAUUUAGCCACGAUAUCAAUAGUCAUUUGGCCAGCCUCUCCAUUGCUGGAAACACGAUCCCUAUUCCCGACCCUGCUGUUGAGGCUUUCUGUGCCCCGGAUAACUUGAAAGCCAGUGUUGAAAAUCAGGGCCAGCUUAAGAUGUACAUCAACGAAGUGUGUCGGGAGACUGUGUCACUUUGCUGCAACUCCCUUCUGCAGCAGGCCGGAUUAAAUUUGUUAAUAAUCAUGACAGUUAUUAAUAACAUGCUUGCCAAGUCCGUUUCAGACUUGAAGUUUCCUUUGAUACCAGAGGGAAGUGAAUGUGCUGAGGGGCACGUUGUGAAACCCUUGAUGGGUUUGUCUGAAAAGCCAGCCUUGGCGGGGGGGUUGCUGGGAGCCCAGAUGUUGCUCUCCUUCCUGUCCCUCUUUGUCAGGGACGCAAACAGACAGCUUCUCCCAGCAAUCCUGGCCUCUUAAACCUUGGCCCCCUCCAACAGGAUGGGACCGAUCCACCCCGAACCAAAACCCGAUCAGUGGACACACACUUGUGUUCUCAAUCAAAGACUCUGCAGUGGGUGCUAUUGAAGAUCCAGCCUUAGCCAAUAGCCAUAUCUCUGGGUGAAAGUUACACUUGCUAAAUCCAGGACCACUCUCUUGUUGGCCAGGCGGGGGUUCCCACGGAGCUUUGAGUAACCUCUUGGUUUUGCAGUCUGCAGGCAGUGUGCAUUGUAAAUUGCUCCCUUGCAGCCUUCUUCCUGUGGUAAAGGGAUCAUUUCAGCUGUGUGGUGAAAGA